AUGGACCUUUCAAGCGUGGGCAAGAUGGCUUCGCCCUGGUUCAAAGCCAUGAACGAUACAUCGCAGCCAGCCAACUCGUCAACUACUCUCCCUGGCAUUUUGGACAGCGUUCUUACUACCGCGGGCCAAGCAUCGCCACUUCUUCAACUCUUCCUUUUCGUCUAUCGCUUGGUUGGUGCACAGUUGGGUCUGGACCCUUCCAUGCUCCUGACCUUCCUUGGCUGCCUCUGGGGUCUAUCCAAACUGUUCGACCAGGUUUGGGCCAUCAUAGAUAACUUCAUCAGUGGCUACCUGAGAUGUACAGUAUGCGUCACCGAAGAUGACCAGAUAUACAAUACACUCAUGCAAUUUCUUUCCGAGCAACAAGACAUCGCUACCAAUCGACAUCUAGCUGCCCAGACUGUUUACAAAAGCGCUUGGGAUGAGGAAGAGGAUUCGGCUGACGCAUUGGCAACGACAAUGGUUGGAGACAACCAAGACUCACCCAAGUACCUGAACUUUGCCAGUGACGCUGCCAGAUGUAAUCCACGAUAUGUCCCAGCCAUGGGUACCACCGGAUUCUGGCACAACCGAACAUUUUUCAGAGUUUACCGUAGAAAGGAGACUUUGCAGAACACCCAUGGAUGGGGAGGAGUCGCCAAGGACGUCGAAGAGCUCAGGAUUUCCUGCUUUGGAAGAUCGACUGACCCCAUCAAGAGUCUCUUGAAGGAUGCUAAAACCGCUUAUUUUCUCGACACUCGAUACAAGACAGCCAUCUUCCGCCCAAGAAUUAAGGAGAACCGUCGGGACUCAUGGAGUAUGUGGCAACAGGUUGCCAGACGACCAAUCAGACCAAUGAGCACUGUCAUUCUGGAGAAUCAUGAAAAGCAUGAAGUGCUUAGAGACAUAAACGAGUAUCUUCACCCGGCCACACCCAAGUGGUAUGCUUCUCGUGGUAUCCCCCUUCGUCGAGGCUAUCUCUUCCAUGGUCCUCCUGGCACCGGCAAGACCAGUUUCUCUUUUGCAUUGGCUGGAGUUUUCGGCAUCGAUAUCUACGUCAUCAGUCUCCAGGAUCCUACCAUUAGUGAGGAGGACUUGGCUGUGUUGUUUACAAGACUCCCUCGACGCUGCAUUGUUCUGUUGGAAGACAUUGAUACGGCUGGCUUGCGUCGUGCCAACGACGACGAACAAGGUGAAGAGACAUCUGAAGGCGCGGGCGACAAGGACGACGAGAACAAGAAAACGGACAAGUCGACCAAGAAGAAGAAGACCAAAGUAAAAAAAGACGUCGAAACUGACAGCGACACAGACAGCAGCUCCGAGGAGGAGAGAAAGCGUCGUAGAAGAAAGAGACGCCACAGAAGGGACAGAGACAAUACUGGAAACAAGGGUACUAAUAACAUCCUGACUGUGGAAAGUAUUUCACUCUCUGGACUCUUGAAUGCUAUUGAUGGUGUCGCGUCGCAUGAGGGUCGCAUUCUCAUCAUGACAACCAACAAGCCCGAGUCACUUGACGAUGCUCUUAUUCGACCAGGACGUGUCGAUGUACAGGUUGGUUUCAAGAAUGCGACGAGCGAACAAGCGACGGAACUUUUCUAUCGCAUGUAUGAGGUAUCACGAACCAAGCCCAUGCCCAUAUCCAAGACUGGAGCAAUGGCGCCAAAAGCUCAAAAUGGAAGCAUUCACGGUGCUGUGGACAAUAAGGGAUCGGCGACAGAUGUUGACGAUGACCUCGAGGAAACCUCGAAAGAAUUCGGGAACCUCAUUCCAGAAGAUAUGCUCUCGCCGGCUGAGAUUCAAGGGUUCCUACUGAAGCGGAAGAAGAGCCCAAAGAAGGCGUUGGAGGAUGCCAUGAGCUGGAUCGAAGCUACCGUGAAGCAGAAAGAGCUCAAGUCCAAGGUCGCAACAGUUCAGUAA